CUUUGUUGGAAGUUGGCUUAGAGGACCUCUACUCAAACCUUUUACCCUCCUCAAAAAGGCAAUACAGACACUGAAGGAUGGCGGUAAAUUGGCCAGGACUGAUCUCCAUAGGAGUGUUUUACUUGAUCGUACUGGGCACGGGUAUCUGGGCAUCCAGAAAGGCCAAACACGAGUCGAAGAAGUGCUCCGGGAAGAUCAGUGAAGUUGCAAUGGUUGGAGGGCGGAACCUAAACCUCUGGGUCAGCAUCUUUACUAUGACAGCUACUUGGGUGGGAGGUGGCUACAUUUUGGGUACUGCUGAAGUUGUCUACGAUCCAAAAAAGGGCUUGGUGUGGGCCACCGGACCCAUCGCCUUUGCCCUUAACUUGAUUAUAGGUGCACUCUUCUUUGUCAAACCUAUACGGUCAAAGAAGUAUUUCACCCUCAUGGACCCAUUUCAGGAGAAAUAUGGCAACGCUGUAGCUGCUGUUCUCUUCAUUCCCGCUCUCAUAGGCGAUAUCUUGUGGAUAUCAUGUAUUCUUGGUGCACUGGGAGGGACGGUAAGCGUUGUCAUGGAUAUCCACUCAUCGCUGGCUGUGGGCAUCUCCGCUGCUGUGGCAAUUCUCUACACGUUAAUGGGAGGACUGUACUCUGUGGCCUACACUGACGUCAUCCAGCUUAGCUUCAUGCUCGUCGGCUUGUGGCUCUGCGUGCCUUUUAUACUGGCAAGCCCCUCCUCUGCUAACUUUACUGUUGCUGCAGUCACCCAGCUGCACCAGAAACCAUGGAUUGGCACGCUGGAGCUCGAAGAUGCAGGUCGCUGGCUGGAUGACAUAUUACUAUUGGCCAUUGGAGGGAUCUGCUACCAGGCUUUCUACCAGAGAAUCCUGUCUACAGCCACUGAAGCCCAAGCUAAGAUCACCUGCUAUGUUGCAGCAGUAUUAUGCCCGAUCCUUGGCAUCCCGUCACUUAUAAUUGGGGCAGCGGCGGCAUCUACCGACUGGAACCAGACCUCCUACGGUUCACCCAGCCCGUAUGAAGAGGGCAAAGCUGGUAUGAUCUUGCCAAUCGCCCUGCAGCAUCUUUGCCCUUACUACGUCUCACUGGUUGGUAUGGGAGCACUUGCCGCUUCUGUGAUGUCUUCAGUUGACUCCGCACUCCUGUCUGCUGCCUCCCAACUGGGCCGAAAUAUCUUCAAGAACAUCAUCUACAAAGAGGCAUCAGAAAAAAUGAUUCUUGCAGCAAUUAAAGUGUCAAUCCUCCUGUGUGGAAUAUUGGGAGCAGGCCUGGCCAUGACCACGAAGUCUGUUCACGUGUUCUGGAUCGUCAGCGCAGACGUCUUGUACUCCAUGAUGACUCCCCAGGUAACAUGCACCUUCUACUUAUCUCGGUGGGUGAACCACUACGGCGCCUGCUCUGGCUUCGUGUUCUCACUAAUGCUGAGGAUUUUGGUGGGAGAACCUUUGAUAGGCCUUCCUGACCUGCUGCCCCUGCCGUUGGACAAGAUACAGGAGGACGGUCGCCGAUACCGCUUGUUCCCUUUUCGCACCGCGAUCAUGCUCCUCACCAUCGGGACCAUUCUGCUAACGUCACGUCUCGCUGUGUGCCUGUCUGAGAGGGGGCUGCUGAAAAAAAUAAGUGACGCGGAACAAGACACAAACACCACACGGCACCAGUCCGAAGAGACGAGGAGGAAGAGUGGACUGAAUGAAGAAGAUGUUCCCUUAUCGUCUCCGUGCAAAGUCAUUCCUACAGCGUGUGGGUGAUCUCUGAGAGUUGAAGAUUCUUUCACUGACUUAUUGAUACUUGUUUUGUGUAAACUGAACAAAUACAAUAUGUGGUUGUGUGUAGUUCCUUUCUUAUAGGGUCUUAUAUUCCUUUGAAAGUAGCGAGGGCUCAUGGGAGUUGUUGUCUUCACCAGCAAUCGAAAAUGUUUCUUGGCUUUCAUUUCCAAAUAGCUCAUAUAUCCUUUAAAUGUAGAAAUAAUAAGAAAAACAACAUUUGGUAUCGUCAAUUUCGUGUUUAUUUAAUGCUAGCUCUAAAGCAGACGUUAGCAUGCUAACAUAUCAUGAGAUUUUCUUUGAAAUGUGUCAAAACGUCAUUUCCACCACUUUGAUUAUUGUGAUGGAAAUGACAAUUUGAGUGUUAUGGCUCAUAUCAGUGAAAAUAAUGUAUGUUAAAUUAAAUGUCAGUGGGGUAGGGGUAGUCAUAUACGUGGGAGCAAUUAUUUUCAAUAGUGUUCAAAACUUGAUGCUGCAGAUUUCUUCAUCUCCUUUGCUACAGACCUCCUCAUCCUCACUGUAAUCAAACUCCUGUAGAGCAGGUCUGAUGCUCUGAAGCGACUUCCCUCGAGUUCUGCUUGUGAGGAAGAGAUGGUCUCGGCAAAAACAUAUUCUGAGUUUGAGAGCAGCUUGUGAGGAGAUAUAAAAAAAUGUUAUAAUAUGAGAUAGCUGCAAACACGCACAGUUAUGUUGAGGUGUACGUUUAAUGUUUAGAGUCAAGACACCUCACAAUGUCACAGAGUACCUGCAUACUCAGAGGGAAUAUUCAGGACAUGUAUGUUUGUAUGUGUGCACUGUUCCUCGUAGAAUCUGGUGCUUUUUUAGCAUUUACCCUGAUUUUUGCUUAGAAACAAUGACAUGCAUCUUUUUCUUUUUUACAUUUCAAUGAUCACAAAAGAUUUAAACAAAGUCACCGGUUUAAUAUCUGGUAUAGGCAAAAGAUUAUCCAGUGUGGAGAUGAAUUUCCAUACGAAUGUGUGCGUUGUGGCCUCAUUCUGCUGACCAUGAGCAGGAUGUGAACAAUUCCUGUUAAAUGGUGUCAAUAGCAAAUAAACACACAAAUAAACUUAUGUGUUUUCAUUUGAUGCAGAACACCAGGUGUAACAUUAAAAGUAUGAAGUAGGGUGCCACUUUUAGAGCAGCUGAAUUAAAAUAAAAUAAAUAUAAAAGAGUCCGAUUGGUACAUUUAAUUACACAGGAAAUGGAGCUACGGUCGCAAAA